AUGGCGGCGAAUUUUAUGAGCAAAGGUCAGGUCCCUUCCCGUGUCAAAGGUCAGGCAGUGUGUAUUCAUCACAAGGGGAGACAACUUGAGCUGUUCUGUGAGGAAUGUAGCGAACUCGCAUGUACACAAUGUUUGUCCAGCGUGCACAGGAGCCAUUCAAUAUGUGAGCUACGUGAUAUCAUGUCACAGAAGAAACAAGAAAUAAAAUACUUUAUAGACCAAGGAGAAAAUGUUGACCUUGUGCAAGCCGGUAAAUACAUCGCUUCCAUUCAACAAGAUAUCGAUGACAACGCUAGCACAUUUGAAAAGCUUUCAAAAGACCUGAAAAUUCAAACACAACAAUUAAUAGAAGACCUUGAGCUACAAACAUCGCAAACGCUGUCCCUCUACCGACAAAUGGAGGAAGAAAACUCCAGGCUACUUCAAACAUACAAACAGGACUUGGAAAGGUUCAACACUCAGCUUAAACAGCAGAUAGAUGAAUGCAAGACGGUGCUUCAACGUGGCUCACACGUGGAGAUAUAUGAUACUGCUCGUGAUAUUCAGGGUGGUGAUGUCUCAUUUCCUGUAAAACCAACUUUGAGUACCGCCAUCUUUCACCCACCUAGCAAUCCUGGCGAUCUGCAAGACGUCUGUGUGUAUAGACCAACAUCAGGAAAAGAUGAUGCCAAUGUGAAAGCCUACCCAGAUCGAGGAAAGUCAGUUGGACCACGUGAUUACAGAGGUUCAAAGGAUACACGACAUCGCUUUCAGCCGCCGGAGAAAAACACGGCAAUAGGACGAGGGUACGACUUCCUGCCUCAGAUGACCAGAACAGUCGGCUCGUGGCAGGCUCCAUGUCCCAUCAGCGGUCUAAGUCUUACUACGGAUGAUCAAAUCUGGACAAAAUAUAGUCACAGCUUAACUCUCCUGGACAGGGAAGGUAAAACUAAUCAAAUGAUCCAACAAAACGACUUUGUUUUCAUCAAUGACAUCAGUUUUUCAUCUCAAACCGACACGUUAUGGGUUUGUAACAGGUACAACGUCAUGGAGCUUGUUUCAGGACGACUUUCACACAGGUUCAGCACAGCCAGAGAGCCAAAGUGUCUCUGUAUCACCGCAAAUAUCAAAGUCAUUGUGGGGAUGACAGAACAAAUCACCAAACUCACCGUAAGAGGUGAAGUCAUUGCUUCAAUAUCUGAAGAAUCCGGGAAACCUGUCGUACGUUCACCACAGAGGAUUGCGGAGUGUCCGAUCACCCAACACAUCGCAAUAGUUGACUGGGAUUUAAAAAGUGACGGGGGCGAUGGGAAAAAGCAAGGUUGUUGUCAUGGACAUAGGUCUGAAGAAACUUUUUACUUUCAAUGGUAA